AAUAAAUUCCACAAGCCGGCGGCCUAUAACGUUGUACAAGGUACUCGUUCAUUUGACCUCGUUGGCCAGCGCAAUGCAAAGAUCCACUCCGAACAGCGGAAGCUCGUGGCUCGAGCUUAUUCCAUGGACUCCAUGGUUUACCUCGAACCUAAAGUUGAUCUCGUGAUCUCGGAAAUGGUCGAGCAGCUUGACAAGGUCAAUGGCCAGACUAUUGACUUGGGACUCUGGUUGCAGCUUUAUGCGUUUAACAUUAUUGGUGCCAUAAGCUUUUCAAAGCCAUUCGGAUAUAUCGAAGUUGCAGACGAUCAUGGCUUGUUCCUGCGAAUCACAAACUCCAUGUCAUCUAUAGCAUGGCUCAUACAUGCUGGGUGGAUCUUCCGCCUGCACCAAAGGCUAAGCCCUCUGAUUAGAAACUGGCUCGCAGCAGCGGAUCGAAAUGGUCAUUUCUUCAAACUUGCUGCACAGGAGAUUAGCGCUCGCAAGGAACGCGGUGGCGAUAGCAAGGAUAUUCUAGGCCAGCUUUUUAGAACUCAAAAGGCCAAGCCCCAAUUAACUGGCCAGGACAUUGCAUUCAUAAUGAGAUUGAACGUCUUUGGUGGAUCAGAUACCACGGCGACAUCACUCUGUGCGGCAUUCCUGCUGCUUCGGAAGAACCCAGGUGCCUAUGACCGCCUGAUGGAUGAGUUCAAAGAGAAGAGAGCGCAAGGAAAAUUGAGCGAUCCAGUUACUUUUAAAGAAGCAGAGUCUUGCGAGUACCUCCAGGACGUGAUGUACGGGUCGAUGCGCCUUCACCCGUCGUUUGGAAUGAUCAUGGACGGAGACGUUCCGGCCGGGGGAAUGCAUAUUGGCAAGAAUCAUAUUCCAGAGGGAACGGUUGUUGGAACUACCCCAUGGGUGAUCGAUACUCUUCCUGAGAUAUGGGCCCCGACGCCGAAGAGUUUCGUCUAG